GUAAAAUCAUUGUGGAAGGACAGAGGCGACUCUUCUUGGUUUGAGCUGGCCUUGGUAGCAUGCAAAAGAUGCUUAACAUCAUAUCCAACGUACUGAGGGGCAGUGCCAACAGAAACGGAGCUGAACUGGUUCGUGAGGGAAGCAGAGUGGUGGUGGCAAGUAGAACCUAUGCAGACUUCACUCCCCAGGCUACCUUUGACAUCAAGAAAUGUGACCUGCACAAACUGGAGGAGGGUCCACCCCUGCAGGCGGUGCUUACGAGGGAGGAGGGGCUUCAAUACUACCGCACCAUGCAGGUGAUGAGACGAAUGGAGCUGAAGGCAGACCAGCUAUACAAACAGAAGAUCAUCCGAGGCUUUUGUCACCUGUAUGAUGGACAAGAGGCAUGUGCUGUGGGGAUUGAGAGUGGCAUUAACCGCACAGAUCACCUUAUCACAGCAUACCGUGCUCAUGGAUACACCCUGACUAGGGGCGGCACCGUCCGUGAGAUCAUGGCAGAACUCACAGGCCGUCGCGGUGGCAUCGCAAAGGGAAAGGGGGGUUCCAUGCACAUGUACGCCAAACACUUCUAUGGAGGAAAUGGAAUCGUGGGAGCCCAGGUGCCUCUUGGGGCUGGUGUAGCAUUGGCCUGCAAGUAUCAGGGCAAGAAUGAGCUCUGUGUCUGUCUCUAUGGUGAUGGUGCGGCCAAUCAGGGUCAGAUCUUUGAGACAUAUAACAUGGCAGCUCUGUGGAAACUGCCAUGUAUCUUUAUCUGUGAGAAUAACAAAUAUGGUAUGGGCACGUCUGUGGAGAGGGCAGCAGCCAGCACUGACUACUACAAGAGAGGAGACUUCAUCCCAGGCCUGAGGGUCGAUGGUAUGGACAUCCUGUGUGUGAGGGAGGCCACCAAGUUUGCUGCAGAGCACUGCAGAUCUGGAAAGGGCCCAAUUCUGAUGGAGCUGCAGACAUACCGUUACCACGGACACAGCAUGAGUGAUCCUGGCAUCAGUUACCGCACACGCGAGGAGAUCCAGGAGGUGCGCAGCAAGAGUGACCCCAUCUCCCUGUUGAAGGACCGCAUGAUCAGCAACAACAUGGCCAGCGUGGAAGAGCUUAAGGAGAUUGAUGUAGAGGUCAGGAAGGAGAUUGAGGAUGCAGCUCAGUUUGCCACAACAGACCCUGAGCCCCCUCUGGAAGACCUGUGCAAUCACAUCUUCUCCAAUGAACCUCCCAUGGAGGUACGGGGAACCAACCCCUGGGCUAAGCUCAAGUCCAUCAGCUAAGAACUCUGCAAGCCCUAUAGCCUCUUCUUCCAGAGAGUACUUUACCCAAAAAGGCUAACAUGGCUAACCCUGAGUGUAAGCCGACAGGGGUGAGCUAGCGCUGUUCAUUGUCUCUGUGGUAAUUGAACUCCCACUAGCUUUCAUUAAUAGUUAGCUGUGUUAGCAUUUGUAGACUGACAUGUUUCUAGAAACACACACAGCCACAUUUGUACUGUACUGGAUGGUUGAAGGGUCAAUUAAGGACGACAACACACCAUUUGAAACUCUGCGUCCUGUUCCCGAUGGCACCGUUUUCUGCCACAUCCACCCUUUCGUUUGCUCCAGGUAAAAAAAACAAGCUCAUUGGAAUGAAUGUACAAUUACACAAGUUAGAAUGUUUUUGUUUGCUGGGGAUCCACAAAAUAUCAACAAAAGCUGUUUAAUAAUGAACUUCAUUAUAUAUGGAAUCUGUUAUUUGUAUGUAGGUAAUGGGAUGCCAUUUAGUUGCUUUAUAUCUUGACAAGCAAUUUGUGCCUGCUAGAUGAAAAGUUACUGGAGACUUUUAAGUCGAGUAAAAACUAGGAGGGGAGGUGGUGGUACAGAAAUUAAAUCUCUGAAACGCACAAUGGGAAAUAUAGGCCCACUGGACCUGAAUAUAAUUUCCUGUUUCUUUUUGUCCAACCAAUAUUUUUCUUUCUUUUUUGGGGGGGGGGGGCAGAAGAAUGUAGUUUUGUUUCUAAAGCAGGAAGCAACUUUAAAAGUUUUGACAACCAUUUUUGGAGGCAAUUUAAAAAGAAAACUUGUGAUGGUGAAUGGGGAAUUGAGGUCAGACGUCAGGCUUUUAUCCCAUGUUGGCCAUGUUUGUGUUGUUUCUGCCAUAGCCUUUAUAAAAAUUAAAAAUAUGAAUACAUUUAA